AUGUCCAAAAGAGAACAGGAGAGUGGACACGAACAGUUGUCCAAAAAACCAAAACUUAUCACAGAAUUCUUCGCACAAGUGAACCAAAAACCCAAGCUGAGUAAAAAGCCAGUGACCGCACAGAAACCGCUUACCAAAGUCGCGGAAAAGAAGGUUCAACAAAUGGAAAACAUUACCACCAUCACACAUGUUCAUUCAAGUAAAGAUGAAUCUACUGAAAAGGUGCAAGAAACCUCCAUCUCUAAACCUGUGGUAGCUACGACUUCUAUCGCACAAGAUGAGUAUGACGACUUUUGCCAAAAGUUCAAUUUCAACAAAAAGGAAUGGGUGGCUAGUCUCACUGAAGAAGAAAGACAACUUUUAGCACUUGAGGUGAACACAUUACAUAUUACAUGGCUUGCAUUUCUCCACAAAGAGUUAACAAAGCCUUACUUCUUGAAACUAAAGAGAUUUUUGAAAGCCCAAGCAGGGAAAACAGUCUUCCCUCCACCAGGCCAUAUAUAUUCAUGGUCUCACUACACCCCUUUACCUGAAGUGAAAUGCUUGAUCUUGGGGCAAGACCCCUAUCAUAAUUUCAACCAGGCACAUGGACUUGCAUUCCUGGUUUUAGAGCCCACUCGUCCGCCGCCAUCGCUUAUAAAUAUCUACAAGACUCUCAAGAUUGACUUUCCCUCCUUUGAGAUUCCCGAUUACAAUUCAUUGAACAAGCAGGGGAGACCAGGUGGAGGCAACCUUACUAAAUGGGCAAAAAGAGGUGUUCUAAUGCUCAAUGCAUGUUUAACUGUGGAAGCACACAAGGCAAAUAGCCAUGCAGGCCAAGGUUGGGAACAAUUUACAGAGCAAGUAAUCAAAACAGCUAUUUUGUAUGCUCAAAAGGAAAAUCAUCAGGGUUUUGUCAUAAUGGCAUGGGGCACCCCAGCUCAAAAGCGUGUUGCAAAAUUUGGUACCCAAUUGAGUUCUCCAGAGACACCGUUUCUCGUUCUUAAGACAGUUCAUCCAUCACCACUUUCCGCCAAUCGGGGAUUCUUCGAUCUGAAAGUUUUCAAGAAGUGCAAUGAAUGGCUAGUCCAAAAUGGAAAACAGCCAAUUGAUUGGGGAAUUAUUGACGGAAAUUCUGUAACGGCAUAA